AUGCCUCCAGUCCAGAGGAGAAAGCUAGAGCCACUCCCCAAAAAGCACCGGUAUCUUAGGAAAGUUGUUAGAACAAAGAGAAUGAAAAUGAGCAAGAGAAAGAAGACCAUGGAGACCCACUGCCCACCUAUCAUUCCAAUACCUUUGGCGCCGCCACAGAGUGAGGAGGAUGAGGUGGUUGAUCCAAAGCCAACGCUGUUCGCUGCUCAGGAGGACGAUCCUGGCCUUCCCGCUGAGGUCAGAUUACAGAGUCAGCAGGAUGAGGGUGCCUGUGAGAAGCAUCAGGAAUGUCAGAUCCAGUCCUGUGAGCUUUCGAUGUCUCAGCAGCCGGGAACCUCUUCUCCUACAGUAACGUGUUUGGCAUCACCACCACUCUGCUUUGGUCAUUUCCUAAGCUGUGUUUGCCAGACCCUCUCGAGGUCUAGGAAACGGAAGGCUACCAAAAGAGAGGACACCAAGCAGAUUGAGGGAGGAGGCGAUGCUGAGGCUCUGAGACCUGGCCUGCUGAGGGGCCUGGGUAAAAACAGGGUGCAGCCUCACGAAACCUGUAGUAACUUGAAGUAG